UGCCCACCUGGCUACUACUGUCCAGCUGGCACCAACACCACAAUGCCCUGCCCACCUGGCACAUACAAUCCUACAACAGGUCUGUGGACUGAAGCCCAAUGUCAGGGCUGUGAACCAGGGCAGUACUGCCCCAGCUAUGGCAUGGCGAUGCCCGAGGGAAACUGUAGUGCCAGGUACUACUGUAGUAGGAACGCCACAGACCCACAACCUACCGAUGGCACAACAGGCAACAGGUGUCCAGUUGGUCACUACUGUCCGGCAGGGUCCGGACAGCCGAUCCUGUGUGAACCAGGCACAUACACUGACACAGAACUGACUGAGGAGUGCCUACUAUGUACCCCUGGACACUACUGUAUUACUGGCUCCAAUCCACAGGAUUGCCCAGCAGGGUACUACUGUCCUGAAGGGACAGGUCAUGUCUGGCAGUCCUGUCCUCUGGGCACCUAUAGUGACAACACAGGCCUGAGUAACGUGACAGAAUGUAAGCAGUGCACACCAGGACACUACUGUGACAGGCUCAAUGCAACCACUACUGCAGGUCUGUGUGCUGCUGGACACUACUGUACGAGUGGUUCAGACUCCAGAGAGCCGACCUCUGCAGCCAGUGGAGAUGCCGGGAUCUGUCCUGCUGGACAUUACUGUGAACAGGGGACCGGGAACCCCCCACCCUGCCCCGCAGGAACCUUUAACAACAAAACCCAGGCCACCGACAGCAGCGACUGCCAACAAUGUCUCCCUGGUUGGUACUGUGAGCAGCAGGGUCUGGUGUUCCCUACUGGAGAAUGUGAAGCCGGUUUCUACUGCACUCUGGGGUCCAACAGCUCCCGCCCAUCAGAAGUCAGCGACACAGGAGGCCCGUGUCCUGCUGGCCAUUACUGUCCCACAGGCACCAGCACUCCCCCGUCCUGUCCAGCUGGAGAGUACAGCCCUGCGGAACAGCGUGACAGCUGUCUGGACUGUCCUCCUGGCUACUACUGCAUAGUCACAAGUACCAACUAUACGGAGUGCCCAAAAGGCCACUACUGCCCAGCAAAGACAGAAUUUGCAGAGCAAUACCCUUGCAACAACGGCACCUACAACAACCAGACAGCACAGAACAGCAUGAGUGCCUGUCAGCUGUGCCUGGCUGGUCACUACUGUCCAGACAUGGGCAUGGCUGAGCCUGCAGGACUGUGUGCACCAGGGUGGUACUGUACUCUGGGGUCCUGGCAGAGACAACCCACGCCACUGGGGAAUGAUACAGGUUCUACAUGUAACUGUCCGGCACAGACAGUUGGUGGAAAAUGCCGUGCUGGUACGUUCUGUCCUGAGGGUUCUGAUUGGCCGACGCCGUGCACCCCUGGCUACUACUGUGAGAGCGAUGAGCUGCCUGCUGUCAGCGGUCCCUGCCAGGCUGGCUUCUACUGUAACGGUAGUACCAUCGUCUCCCAGCCGUACAACGACACCACCGGCGACGUGUGUCCUCAGGGACAUUACUGCCCCACAGCCAGCAACUACCCACUAGCCUGUCCACCAGGUACAUACAGCGACCGCUUCUCCAACCACCAUGCCAAUGACUGUAUCCCAUGUACGGAGGGCUACUUCUGUCCAGGCUGGGGCCUGCCCGACCCAGCUGGUCAGUGUGACGCUGGCUGGUUCUGUCCGGAGAGCUCCAUUGACCGGCAGCCGGAGGGAAACCGCUGCCUGCCAGGUCACCAGUGUCCUCAGGGGAGUGGGAGCCAGGAUCCAUGUCCCUCUGGGAUGUACCAACCUGAUGCAGGGGGAGGCAGGUGUCUGCUGUGUCCUGCAGGAAAAUACUGUGACAGGGAUGAGGCCAUUGCUGAACAACAGAGUGGGGUUAACAGCUCGACCCACGGUGUAGUCACACCAAAGGAGUGUCCUGCAGGUUUCUACUGUCCGAAUGGCACAGAGAGCGCCCGACAGUUCCCCUGCCCAGUCAGCACCUACAGCAACACGACCGGCCUGGAGAGUCAGGAGGAGUGCCGAGCCUGUCCGGAGGGCUUCUACUGCGAGGCACAGAACAUCACCCAGCCCACGGGGACGUGUGCCGCCGGCUUCUACUGUGUCCUCGCUGCAGUCACACCUACUCCUGAACCUGCCGACGCCACGGGAGGACCUUGUCCACAGGGUACCUAUUGUGACGAGGGUUCAUCUUGGCCAACGCCCUGUCCUAAGGGCACAUACGGACAUCGUGACAAACUGCCCUCGCUGAGUAACUGUACAGACUGUCCACCAGGAGACUUCUGCAUGCAGACUGGACUCACAGCUCCCAAUGGCUCCUGUCUAGCAGGUCACUAUUGCACCUUGAAGGCCAUUAACCCCAACCCAGUCAAUGAGACAUACGGUGACAUUUGCCCCGCUGGUCACUACUGUCCUGAGGGAAGUGCCCAGCCCCUACACUGUCCUGCGGGGACCUACCAACCUGAUGAGCAGAGGGAUGACCUGACAGACUGUCUCCCCUGUGGUCCUGGGAAGUACUGCAAUCAAACAGGCCUCACUGCAGAAACUGGUUUCUGUCAGCCUGGGUUUUUCUGCCUGGGAGGGGCGAACACCUCCACCCCACAGGACGGAGUGACAGGAGAUAUCUGUCCUGCUGGCUCCCACUGUCCCGAGGGUUCUCCUGAACACUACAGCUGCAACAACGGGACCUACAUGAACCACACCAUGGCUGAGGAGUGCUAUGAUUGUCCUGAAGGGUACUACUGUGUUAAUGGUGACCGAGCAGACCCCUGUCCUCCUGGCUACUACUGUCCAGCCAGGACAGGCGCUGACCUGCAGCUGUGUCCAGCCGGGACCUACAACCCACGCACCUUACUCAGCUCUGUGGACCAGUGCACAGACUGUGACCCAGGGAAGUACUGUCAGCUGCCAGGCAGAGACUCCUACACCGGGCCCUGCGCUGCAGGCUACUACUGUGAGUCCGGAGUCAACCUGGACAAACCUACAGGAAACCACACCGGUCAUGGCGCCAUCUGUCCAGCUGGUCACUACUGUCCAGAGGGCAGUGCGUCACCGCUGGGCUGUCCAGCCGGGCAGUACACAGAGCUGGAGGGACAGGGAAGCUGCUCCCAGUGUGAACCCGGCUACUACUGUCCAGACAACUCCACAUCAUUCACAGAAACACUCUGUCCAACAGGUCACUACUGUCCUGGUGGUACAACUUCAGCGUAUGAGAACCCCUGCCCCAGGGGGAGCUACAACCCUGUGAAUGGCAGCGACAGUUCCGAUGACUGCCUGCCAUGUCCUGCUGGACAAUACUGUGUGACAGACGGACUGGAGCAGCCCACCGGGAACUGCAGUGCAGGCUGGUAUUGCACAGGGGGCUCUUAUUUGGACAAGCCUUUGCCCCACAGCAAUGCCACAGAUCUGUCGGAAUGCACCUGUCCACUUGUUAACUACACAGGUGGGAAGUGCUGGCCAGGUACGUACUGCCCCAGUGGUUCUCCCUACCCAGUGUCCUGUGAUGAAGGCUCCUACUGUAUGGGUUAUGGCAGGGAGACACCAAAUGGACCUUGUGAUGCAGGUUAUUACUGCGAUGGUGGUAUGUCUGAGCCUGACCCUGCAGACCGUGUGUGUGUACCAGGUCACUUCUGUGUGCAAGGCUCAGCCACCCCUCAACCCUGCCCUGCAGGCACAUUCUCCAACAUGUCAGGUAAUACUGAAGAAGGUGACUGUUCCCCGUGCACACCUGGUUACUACUGUGAAGGUCCAGCCAAUGUGAAUGCCACAGAGCUGUGUUCUGCCGGGUAUUACUGCCCUGCCGGUCAGAAAACCUCAACACCUGACCAGUACAAUUGUACCCGUGGUCACUUCUGUCCCGAGGGCAGUCCGGACCCCGAGCCAUGCCCAGCUGGACAGUACCAGGAUGAAGAAGGGGCAGAUGACUGUAAGAACUGUCCUCCCGGCAGGUACUGUGACCCUGUGGAGGCAGCAGCCCUGUAUGGUGUUCUGAGCCAUGGAGUCAUCGCACCAGUAGACUGUCCUGCUGGGUACUACUGCCUACAGGACACAGCCUCCCGCCACCAACACCCCUGUCCUGAUGGUUACUAUAGCAACACGACCAACCUGGAGCAAGAGGACCAGUGCCUCCCCUGCCCCGGAGGGACUUACUGUGACGCUCCAGGUCUGACGGAGUACACAGCAUUGUGUGAUGCAGGCUACGUGUGUGUGUCAGCUUCAAACACCUCCCAGCCUGAGGAUGGGACUACAGGUUACAUCUGUCCGGAGGGGUCAUACUGUCCCAGAGGGUCUCACCAGGAGACCAAGUGUCCCCAGGGAACCUUCAGUAACAGGACUGGACUGCACAAUGUCAGCGAGUGUGCUGCCUGUACCCCAGGCUAUCACUGUCUCACUCAGGGGCUGACUGAGCCCACAGAUGAGUGUGCUGCAGGUCACUACUGUAGCCUGGCUGCCAUCACUCCCAACCCUGUGCUGCAGUCCUAUGGAGACUACUGCACCCCCGGCCACUACUGUCCCCAGGGUACAGGGGAGCCUGUCCCCUGUCCUAGGGGAACCUUCCUACCCGACACCGGGAUGGAUGAACUAACGGAUUGUCUGAACUGCACCGGAGGGAAGUACUGUGAGAGACAGGGACAGAGCAAUGUCACAGAUGACUGUGAGGCAGGGUUCUACUGUAGCAGUGGUGCGUGGACGGCCACACCCACAGACGGAGGGACAGGAGACGUGUGUCCAGCCGGCCACUACUGCCCCACUGGGUCUGCCCAGCCUGUACCCUGUGAUGAUGGUACUUACAUGAACCACAGCCAGGCUGAAGUCUGUGACACAUGUCCAGCUGGAUACUACUGUGUGAGGGGACAUGUAGCUAACCCCUGUCCUGCCGGUCACUACUGUCCAAAUGGAACUGGAUUUGACUGGAAGAACUGUCCCAAAGGUACAUACGGCCCUGUGGAGAUGCUUGCAGCAGCCAGUGAGUGUACCCAGUGUGAUGGGGGGCGAUUCUGUAGUGAGAGUGGUGCCACUAAUGUCACAGGGAUGUGUGCACCAGGGUACUUCUGUCAGUGGGGCGUCGACACCGCAACUCCCAAUGGCAACCACACUGGCAUUGGAGGAGAGUGUCCUGAAGGGAGUUACUGCCCAGAAGGGACGCCAGACCCGAUCGGCUGUGAGGCAGGCACGUACAAUGACAGGACCCUGCAGGCCAACUGUACAGCAUGUCCUCCAGGCUACUACUGUCCUGUCAACUCCACUACCUAUGUGGACACCCCGUGUUGGACAGGAUUUUAUUGCCUUGAAGGGACAGCCAGCCCGACCCAGUACCCCUGCCCUGCAGGCACCUACAACAACAGGACUCUUGCUGAUAGUGCUUUUGACUGCCUGCCAUGCCCAGGUGGUCUGUACUGUGCAGGGGAUGGUCUGUCCAGACCCACAGGUGACUGUGCACCUGGGUGGUACUGCUCUGGUGGUGCCUUCAGUGACAAGCCCUCGCCCUACGUUAACACCAGCGACUCCUACAGCGUGGAUACAGAAUGCCCAGUCUACUCCCUCAACUUCACUGGUGGCAUCUGUACACCAGGUACGUACUGCCCAGAGGGGUCACAACGCCCCACUCCGUGUGACCUGGGUCAGUACUGUGAGCAGCAUGCGCUGGAUGCCACAUCAGGACCGUGUUCUGCUGGCUUCUUCUGCAACGGCAGUGCUGAGGUCAGAGACCCACAGCCUUGCUCCACGGGGCACUACUGUCCUGAGGGAACUGACAUGGAGAUGCCCUGCCCUGCUGGGACAUACGCAGACCAAGAAGGAAAUGCCAACAUCUCAGAGUGCACCCCCUGCACCCCUGGUUCUUACUGCAGUGACUGGGACAUGGACAGUCCCAGUGCCCCCUGUGCUGUGGGUUACUACUGCCCCGGUGGACAGAACACCUCCCAGCCCAUGGACCUGGCCUGCAGCCCCGGACACUUCUGUCUGCAGGGCAGCUGGAACCAGACCGGCUGUCCCAGUGGUUACUACCAGCCACACUGGGGCCGUGGCACCUGUGAUGUCUGUGAAGAGGGCUUCUACUGUCAGGCAUAUGGUGACUAUGAGGUCCUUGACUACGACAACACGACGUCAUUCGGGAACUUCAGCAGCCGCUACCGCAGCCUGCGGGGGGUGUCUGUCCCCGCGGUGUGCCCGCCCGGCUCCUACUGUCCAGCAGGGACCAAGUUUGCCUCCCAGUUCCUGUGUCCGGAGGGAACGUACAGCAACAGGUCCGGCCUGGCCAAUCACACACAGUGUACACCCUGUGAUCCCGGCAUGUUCUGUCAAGGUCAAGGAAACACUGAGCCUACAGACAACUGCACUGCUGGGUACUUCUGUACUCUUGGUGCCUGGAACUCUACUCCUACUGAUGGUGACACAGGAGACAUCUGUCCUGAAGGCAGAUACUGUCCAUCAGGGAGUGUUGUUGGGGCAGGCUGUCCCAAAGGAACCUUCAGUAAUAUGACAGGGUUGACGGAAGCGUCUGAAUGCAGAGCCUGCACCCCCGGCCACUACUGUGCUGACACUGGUCUUACCCAGGAGUCCGGACAAUGCUGGGCUGGGCACUACUGUUUGGAAGGCUCUGACCAGGCCAAGCCCGUGGGGGAGACCUUUGGUGACGAGUGCACAGCUGGACACUACUGUCCGAACGGCACGGACACACCGGUCGCCUGUCCGCCAGGAACUUUCCUGCCAACCCGCGCCAUGGAGAAGUUAUCAGACUGUGUAGACUGCAGCUCAGGUUAUUAUUGUGAGACUCCUGGCCAGACGAAUGUGACUGCAGAGUGUGCCGCCGGCUUCUACUGUCAGCAGGCAGCCAACACCAGCACACCUACAGACGGAGUUACAGGUGACAUCUGCCCUGAGGGUCACUACUGUGAGUUGGGUUCUCCCUCUCCGGUACCCUGUGGUAACGGGACCUUCAUGAACCACACCGGAGCCUCCGCCUGUUACGUCUGUCCUGCUGGCUACUACUGUGUGAACAGGGACAGGGCCGACAACUGUACCCAGGGGUACUACUGUCCCGAGGGAACAGGGGCUGACCUGUGGCCCUGCCCUGCAGGCUUCUAUGGAGGGACACCUGGGCUCAGACAGGAGGCUGACUGUACAGAAUGUGCAGGUGGGAGUUACUGUUCCACACCAGGACUACCUGCUCCAGAAGCUGACUGUGCUGCUGGCCACUUCUGUAUAGAGGGUGUCGACACUGCCACUCCUAAUGGCCUUAACAACACCGGGGUGGGGGGCAUCUGCCCACCCGGCUACUACUGUCCCACGGGAACUGCUGCGCCUCGAGCGUGUGAGGCAGGCACCUUCAACUAUCAGGAAGGACGAGCGUCGUGCGAUCCCUGCCCUGCUGGGUACUUCUGCUACCUGAACACCAGCGAUCCGUACGCCAACAUCUGUCCCACUGGUCAUUACUGUCCAGCAGGCACGGAGUAUGGAGAGAGGUAUCCAUGCCUGGCAGGGACCUACAACCCUCUAGAGGGCCAGCAGAACAGCUCUGCCUGCGUGCUGUGUGACCCAGGACAGUACUGUCAGGGAGAUGGGCUCAGUCAGCCGACUGGAAACUGCAGUGCUGGCUGGUACUGCACAGGGGGCGCUAGUGAAGCACAGCCUCUACCUCCAGGUAAUGUGACGGCCUGCGACCUUCCAGCCAACUAUAGCGACGUGUCCAUGUGCAGCUGUUCUGAGAUAGCGUACACUGGGAACCGCUGUCCUCCCGGGCAUUACUGUCCGGAGGGAUCCACCGCUCCAAGGAAGUGUGAUGGUGGCUGGUACUGCCAGGGAUAUGAGCUGUCUACACCAACAGCGGAAUGUGCCGCGGGGUACUACUGUCCAGUGGGAGUUGGUGUGACCGUGCCGGACCCUGCAGAGUUCCCCUGUACACCAGGACACUACUGUGAGCAGGGCUCACCUGUCCAGACAGCCUGUCCCAACGGAACCUUCUCCAACACAUCUAAAAAACACCCAGCUGUCCAACUGCCUCCUCUGUACUCCAGGCUCUUACUGCAGCGGGGAGGGUCUGGUGACACCAUCUGGACCGUGUGCACCUGGCUUCUACUGUCCAGCCGGCCAGAUAACGGAAGUGCAACACCUGAGAUUUGUGACAGAGGAACAUACCAGUCCCAUCCCGGCCAGGCCCUGUGUGAGGUGUGUCCGUCUGGGUCCUACUGUGAUCCACACGAGCUGAACAAUGUGACAGGGGUGAUCACCCCUGAACCAUGUGUGCCCGGGCACUACUGUCCCAAUGGUACGGAGUACUCCACCCAGAACAAGUGUCCUGCAGGCACCUACAGCAACAGGACCUCACUGUCUAGUACAGCUGAGUGUGCUGCCUGUCCCCCCGGUAUGUACUGUCUGGACGCUGGCCUGACGUCCCCCACAGGGAACUGUACUGCUGGCUUCUACUGUUCCGGAGGGGCGGACAGCCCAACACCCACCAACAGUCCCACAGGAGACAUCUGCCCACAGGGGCAAUACUGUCCAGAGGGAUCGGAAAUAGGGACGGACUGUCCAGUUGGUAGUUAUGGCAACCAGACCGGCCUGCGUGCCUCCACAGACUGCCCACUCUGUGACCCCGGGUACUACUGUGACCGUCCUGGGCUCACAGCCCCCUACCAGCCCUGCCAUGCAGGGUUCUACUGUGCAGUGGGCUCCACCAGUCCCAACCCCAUGUUGUGCCCUAGUGGUGCCUACUGUCCAGAGGGAACCCCUGACCCUGUGCCCUGUCCUGCCGGCACAUUCCAACCCACUGAAGCUCGAGGUAAGACCAACAGUAGUGCCUGUGUGGACUGUACACCAGGGUACUACUGCCAGGAGGGAGGCCAGCCUAAUGUGACUGGAGAAUGUCUGCCUGGGUACUACUGUAUCAGAGGAGCAAGUGUGCAGAACCCAAGUGACGGUACAACAGGAGACAUCUGUCCUAGAGGUUUCUAUUGCCCAGCACAAAGUUACUGGCCCACUCCGUGUGCCAAUGGAACUUACGCCAACGACACUGGAGCAUCAGAGUGCAUGGUGUGUCCUGCUGGGUACUACUGCUCCGGGGGCUCAACGGCUGACAACUGUGUCCAGGGCUUCUACUGUCCCCCAGGGACAGGCACUGACCUGCAGCCAUGUCCAGCUGGAACCUUUGGUGCCCGAACCAACCUGGAGACAGAGUCAGACUGCACGCCCUGCUCUGGUGGCAAGUUCUGCGACACAGAUGGGUUAGAUGACGUAGCUGGGAACUGUGACCCGGGAUACUAUUGUACCAGUGGUGUGAACGUGUCCACACCAGAAGGCAUCAACACUGGGGUCGGUGGGAAGUGUCCACCUGGACAUCAGUGUCCCCAGGCUUCAGCCAAUCCUCAAGAGUGUGCAGCGGGCAAAUAUGCAAGUCAGGGCGGCCUGGCAGAGUGUGACCCAUGCCCACCUGGUUUCUACUGUGUAAAUCAGACAGUCACACCAGUGGAGUGUCCUCCUGGUCACUACUGUCCAGAGGGGACAGAGUUUGACCAGCAGUACCCAUGUCCAGCUGGGACUUACAACAACAAGACAGGUCAGCACAACGUGUCGGACUGCCCGGCCUGUCCCCCGGGGAUGUUCUGUGAGGGGCUGGGGCUGGUCCAGCCCUCAGGCUGGUGUGACGAGGGAUUCUACUGCAGCGGAGCGUCCAGCAGUCACCGGCCGUUUGAUGUGGGAGUGACCGUUACUCUGUCUCCCACUGCAGCACCAAUUACAAACUAUGGUAAUGACACGUGCCACCCCCUGUACGACUGUGUGUGCCCUGACAAUGCCAUGACAACAGGCGGCCUGUGUGGACCCGGGUAUUACUGCCCGUACGGGUCCCCUACAGCCCUGCCCUGCGAUGGAGGCAUGUACUGUGAGACUCCAGGUCUUACAGCUCCAACAGGCCCUUGCCAUGCAGGGUUUUACUGUAACCACACCAGUGACCGACCAGACCAGCACGUCUGUCCAGCUGGUCACUACUGUCCCACAAACACAACUGUGCCCGUCCCAUGUCCUGCCGGCACCUACAGUCGCACUGCUGGUAAUGAUGGACUGUCAGACUGUCUCAACUGCACGGCUGGCUUCUUCUGUGAAGGUGAUGGUAAUGCGGAUGUGGAUGGCCCCUGUGGGGAAGGUUACUACUGUCCAUCAGGGCAGGCCACCCCCACUCCUCCUGACUUCCUGUGCCCCCGUGGACACUACUGUCAGCAGGGUUUCCCCGAACCUGUCCUGUGUCCCAACGGCACGUACCAGGCACAGCAGGGUCAGAGGGACUGUGAUGUGUGUCCUGCUGGGUACUACUGUGACCCCAACAAUGGAGUGGCUGUCGUGACACCUGACCCAUGUCCCCAGGGGUACUACUGCCCGCCCGGCACCCCCCUCAGCACCUCCUUCCCCUGCCCCCCAGGGACGUAUGGCGCUACUAUGAACCUGACCCAGGAGUCAGACUGUGCCCAGUGCACGGCAGGGUCCUAUUGUGAAACCCCCGGGCUCAGUGUACCGACUGCAGAGUGCUAUGCUGGGUAUUACUGCACAGGGGGAGCCUCAAGCCCAACACCACUCAAGGAUGGGGUGGAUGCCAGCAACAAUGUCACCUUCACAGGGAACGAUGAGUGUCCGAUCGGACAUUUCUGCCCCAACGGGACGGCCUACCCACAGGACUGUCCUGCUGGCACCUUCUCCAACAACAAGGGAGUGACCGGUGAGGAGGGCUGCGAGCCUUGUGAGCGGGGCCGGUACUGCAGCCAGCUGGGCUUCGUCAACAUUGAUGCUGCCCCUCCCUGUGAUGAAGGGUUUGUGUGCACUGGAGGCAGUACAACCCCCCGACCUACAGACCCUGCCAUGGGCUACAUCUGCCCUGCUGGCUUCUACUGCCCAGCAGGAACUCUGUAUGAGCUAGGCUGUGAAUUUGGAUACUACAACCCCAACCCAGGACAGGCCAACUGUACAGUGUGUCCAGUCGGGUACAUGUGUGACCAGGUCAACAUGACUUCACCAGAGCCAUGCAAGUCAGGACACUACUGUCCUGAAGGUGUGCCCUCUCCGGUGCCCUGUCCUGAGGGCACAUACAACAACAAGACAGGCCUGAGCACAGAGAGUGAGUGUGACGACUGCCUGGCUGGUUAUUACUGUGCUGGACCUGGGAACUCCUUCCCUACAGGUCCUUGUCAGGCUGGUUACAUUUGCUAUGGAGGUGCCAGUGACAAAGUGCCAGCUUCAAAUAACACCAAGUACCCGGACAACGGGGUGUGUCCUUUGGGGCACUACUGUGAUGAGGGAACGCCGGCUCCUGUGCCGUGUCCUAUAGGCACACUCAGGGAUACAACAGGUGCUGCUUCUGUGUCGGAGUGCCACCCGUGCACAGCUGGGUCCUACUGUAACAGCUCGGGGCUGUCGGCGGCUUCAGGACUGUGUCACGCCGGGUACUACUGCCCUUCCAACCACUCCACCUACUCCCCCGCACCCUCCGACCUGGAAUGUCCGCCCGGGUUCUUCUGUCCCGAGGGUUCUGCGGAGCCUGAGCCCUGCCCGGUGGGAGAGUACCAGCCGGCCAGCGGGACAGACUACUGUAUACCCUGCAGGGCUGGGUACUACUGUCAGAGUGCCAUCAACCCAACACCACAACUCUGCCCAGCCUUCCACUACUGUCCUGCAGGAACCAUGGACCCCAUCCCUUGCCACAAUGGCACGUACACCAAUGCCACAACAGAAGGACUGAAGGCAGAAGACGAGUGUCUGCCUUGUCCAACAGGCUUCUUCUGCAGAGGAGGGCAGUUGGUGGGUACAUGUGCAGCUGGUUACUUCUGUCUGGCCGGUAGUGAUGACUACACCCCUGAGGGUGAUCCUCCGCCGGCCGACCCUGACCAGGACCCCUGUACCCCCGGGGACGUGUGUGCGGGACCCUGCCCAGGGGGACACUACUGUACGGAGGGAGAACAGGACCCCUGGCCCUGCCCGGAGAACACCCUGCGACAGACACCUGGGGCGAGCCAGCUGAGCGACUGUGAGCCAUGUCCUGCAGGACUGUGGUGUAGAGAAGGUGACCCCACGGCAUACCUGUGUCCUGUUGGCUACUACUGUGACUCUGUGAAUGGUACCAGCCCAGGGGAGGGUGCUGGUCCCAAGGAAUGUCCCGUCCACACCUACCGGGAUGUUCCAGGGGCCAGACAUGUCGGAGAGUGCUUCAACUGCCCUCCAGGGUCCUGGUGCAACGUCACAGGCAUGAGUGACCACACUCAGAGCCCAUGUCCAGUUGGCCACUACUGUCUGGAAGCGUCUGACCCCGAGCCUUGUCCUGCUGGACAGAUGAGGAACGUGACUGGUUCAGGUGCCCCCGAGGAGUGUCCACUCUGCCGACCUGGCUACUACUGUCCGGCAGGCAUUCCCAAUGUCAACGGUUUCCCCUGCGCUCCACACUUUGAAUGUCCAGAAGGUGCCGUGAAUGAGACUAUCUGCAGACCAGGUCAUUACUGCCCAGGUGUGACAGGGACAUCCCCUAUCUGUCCUGGUGGGUACUACUGUCCAGAGGGAUCCAACAACUACACCAUUUGUGAGUACCCGAGUUACUGUCCCGAGGGUAGUGACCAGCAGUGGCCGUGUGACCUGGGCUGGAUGCCGGUCAAUGUGACAGGGCUGCGGGAUGAGCUGUCCAAGGCCUGUCUGAUCUGUCCUGUGGGAACGUACAGGAACGACUCUGCCUGGGACUACUGUGAACCUUGCCCAGGGGGAUACUACUGUCCUGAAGGAACUGACCAGUACCUGACGAACCCGUGUCCCAUUGGCUACUACUGUCCCAACCGUACAGGAGAACCUAGACCCUGCCUACCGGGCCGCUACGGGAACAUCAGUCUGGCCUACGACUAUGGCCAGUGCUUUGAGUGUCCUGUCAACACCUUUAACCACCUGUUCGGACAGAAGGCAUGUUUCCCCUGUGGAAGCUCUGCCACUGCUGCUAAAGGUUCCUCCCACUGUGAGUGUAUUGGGAAGUACCGUGCCUUCCAGGAGUCGGAUGGCUCGUGCAUCUGUGAACCUGGUUAUGUCUACUACAACGAGGCCAACCUCAUGGUGACAGAGGGCAACAGUGAUGCAGACUGUCAGUCGCGGGUGGAUGUACGAUGUGACCUGGACCAGGUGCGUCUGGCAGGGACACGUACGUGUGUGUACCCUAGUCAGUACGACUGUACCCCCACCUGCGGAGACAGGGGAGGCUCGCUCUCCAUCGAACUGGGAGUGUGUCUAUGUCACUCGUAUGUUGCGCCUGAGGAGAUCUGUGACAGCACAUGUGUGCAGACCAAGCCAGUGGUGACAGCAGGGCUGACCAGUACUGGACAGCUGCAGAUGACCACUUUUGACCCAACUUCUGGUCAAACCACAACAGCAGCUGUUCCCAACUGUAUUGGCCCCAACCAGCACACGUCUGGUAACAAGCCAGUCCAUUGGGUGGUUGUGGGGAGCUCGGGUGUCUAUGGGGUUCUGAACACAGAAACCACUCAUAGCGAUUACCUCACAACCUCAGGUGCAGGGACUCCCACAGCGCGGCGAAGACGGAGUGCGCCAGACGUGGAGUCCCCGUACUUUGCCCGUCGUCUGCUGAUGAGCACAGCGCUGCCCAACACCACAGUCUGGACCACCACAGACGUACCUGUGACCACCUCCUCUCUACUGAACAACGUUCCCCUCAUCCCCAACCCACUCCUGUGUCUGGAGGUGGAGGAGAUGGUCAUCUUUAAGGUGGAAGUCAAUGAGACAGAUCGAACCAAGAGUCACUACCCCCGGUACCAGAAGGACCACCUGUUCAACACCAACCCCAGCUUUGACUACGGAGCCUUCCGACAGCUGCAGGAGUACAUCGAGAAGACCAACGUCACGGUGGAGCAGUUCGCCUUUGUUUUCACUGAUCCGGGGCAGUAUGCAUUCUACGAUGCUCAGGAACCUGGGCGUGAGAUCUUUGUGUCAGUGAAGGCUAAUGGGUCCUCCUGUGAGGACGGAGUGGUUCGUAUCCAGCCGGCCACAGAAAACAACCUGGUGUCAGCUGGGGUGAAGAAGACUGCUCCACGGAACCAGGAGCCUGACUGGGGCCUCAUCAUAGGUAUCAUUGCCUUCCUGGGUGCCUGUGUGAUUAUGUUGGUGGUAGCAGUGAUCGUGUGGCGACCAAAGCACGCCGGCAUCUAUCCCAUGAACUACUGGAGACCCAAGUACCGCAGCCUGGGAGCACCACCUGCCAUCACUUAUUCUCCCUCAUAUCACGACAAGGGAGACCUGCUUCUUGGUGUGCGUGGAGUAGCAGAGGGAGCAGAGUCCACAACUACCACAGCCAUGUUCAUGGGUCCAGGAGAAGAACAGGAACUGGAGAACUUUAACGUCCGUACCCUGUACGACAAGCUUGAGGACCAGAACCUGCACAUCUCGGCACAGCUGGCCAAGGCACAGGAGGACCUGCGAGGGUUUUACCAGCGCAUCCAUGAUCAGAAUGAAGGGCUGAAGGGCAUGCUGAAUGACCUUGACCUCCACCGGCUGGAACAGCUGGAGAAGGAGCGGCAGCGUCAUGGUGAUGGACGUGAGGACGAGAGCCUUCAGCAGUCUGCCGGGGUUCCCAUUCUCAACAGACAGUACAACAUACAGGGGCCAGCCCGCAAAAUCACCUUGGCUGGAGGUGGAGCCAACCUGCGUGAGCAGGAGCUAAUGCUGGCUCUACAGAUCCUCCUGGACAGGAUGAACUCUGGCAACAUCCCCAUCAGUAAGGAGAUGGUGGAAGAGGCACAGAGGAGACUGGGCAUGGCGGGGCAACCCAUACCAUCAGGCGGAUGGAAGGUCCAGGGACAGGGAGAUUUGCUGCGUCACCAGAACGCAGAACGGCUGCAGCUGGAGCGUGAGCUGCAGCAGGAUGAGAAGGACACCAUGGAGAAGCUGCUGCAGGAACAGGAGGCCAAACGGCAGCGCACGCUGCAGCAGCUGUCGGAGAAGCUGACCUUCCAGCUGCAGGGUGACCUGACUGAGGAGGAGAUCAACCGCAUCAUGGCCAACCACGAGCGGGAGCUGGGGGCUGCCAUGUUGGCCUGGGAGGAGUCCAAGGGGAAACAGGCGGCCGAACUGAGGGAACAGUUAGCCAGGAGGAGGAGGGACAAGGAGGCUGCCCUCAGGAAACUUCAUGCUAGCCAGUGUCAGCAGGCCGGCAUCCCGGCAGCACCCGAGUCUAAGGACAACACGGAGGACAAGCUGCACCAGCAGGAGCUGGUGUUGGACGCCCUGAUGGCCGAGGAGAACGCUGGCCUGGCCCGCGCUCAGAUGGACCACAGCUCCGAACUGGAGGCUGAGAGACAGCAGAAGAUGAGUGACAACAUCAACAGUGCACUGGACGACCUCGUCCAGCAGGGUGCACUGUCAGAAGAGGAAAGUGAGCGGAUCCAGAAACAGCUGAUUGACAGGGAGGCUGCGCUGAAGGCGUCCAUGGAGAAGCGUAAGAACCUGCAGGUCAGCCUGAUGAGGGGGCGCAUGGCAGACAGGAAGAGGCGCCGCAUCCAGGAGCUGAAGGACAGACAGGUGCAGGAGAGAGAGGCUAAGGAGAGAAGGUCAAGGUCAUCUAGUCCCAAGUCUGGGGGUAUUCUGACUCUUGGCCUUAUGCACCCUGCAGAAGAUGAAGAGGACACAGACUCUGUCACCAAGACUAAGUUGAGUGAUGGUGAUCAUCAGUCCACCAUUCAAGACACCAUAUCUGCCAGAUUUGAGGCUGCUAGAAAGCAAGGAAGGAAGAGAGGAAGGAAAGACCAGGAUGAUGGAAGUGGAAAGAGGCAAAAAUUGCUGGAGGCAGGUGAGGACGUUGCUGAGCUGGACCGGCGCCACGCCCGGGAGCUGGAGGCCCUGGAGGCACAGAUCGCGGCGGAGGAGGCGGAACACCUGCGGGACAUCAGCAGGAGUCUGGACGAGGAACACUCCAAUACACUCAAGGAGUCUCAGAAGGAUGUCCUGAAAGAUCUGUCUUCCAAGCACGGUGUGGACGCUGUCAGGCAGCAGGAGAUCAUGGACCGCUUCCGUAAGGACCAGGAGAACCUGGAGUACAUGUCCAACAUCCGCAGGGAGCGCCAGACACAGGACCUACAGGCCAAAUUAGCAGCUCGGAAGGCGCGUAAGAUUGCAGAUGCCAUGCGACAAGCAGAGGAGGAUGCUGCCAAGAGGUUCAUCGAUGAGCAGGAGAAACAGCUGCAGCAGGUGGCUCAGCUGCAGCAGCAGGAGGCGGUGGCCGACCUCGUCAUACCACAGCUGAAACCUGGAGACAGCUUGGAAGAACAGGCUAUCAAGAAGGAACACCAGCGUGCCCAAGAUGAGCUCGUCACUCGACACAAGGAUGAGAGGGAGGAGAUGGAGGCCAAGAUGGACCAAGAGAUGCGCAAGAAAGAGGCUGAGGAGAGGAAGAAGUUUGAGGCAGAGAGAGAGAAGGCCCUGAGAGAGAAGAAGAACAAACAAGCGGCCGAGCUGGCUGCCAGGAAAGACCUUACAGAGGAAGAGAUGGCAGCUCUCCUCGCUGCUCAUGAACAAGAACUGGAAGACCUGAACGACCGUCUGGACGCGGAGCGUUCCCGUCAGCAGCUGUCGCUGAGGGACAAGCUGCUGGCUCGCAAGCGCAGCAGGCUGCAGAACAAACAACGUCAGCAGGAGGCAGAGAUGACGAAGGAACUCCUGGAACAGAACAAAGAACUGAAGGAGGCUCGAACAAAACAGGUGAAGGAAGCUGAGAAGCAGGCCAUGAUUGACGGCAUUCAGCAGAACGGUACAGAAGCUGGAGACAGAGUCAUCAGGGCGGUGUUGGAGCGUCGCCAUGCCCAGGAGCUGAAGGACCUGGAGGAGGAGUACGGCCUGGAGAAGAAGGUGAUGAUUGAUGACGCGCUGAGCCGGCUCCACGCCCGGUGUGGCAGUGAGAGAGACCUGCUGCAGCAGCGGCACGAGGCGGAGCUGGAGGAGCUGGAGAACAGUGGAGUCACUCUGGAGGAGCUCGCUCAGCUCCGGGCAGAGAUGCUGAACCGGCAACAACUGGAGCUCAGCUCCCUGGACAGGAGGCAUUCCCAGGAAGCCAGGCAGCUGGAGCAGAGUGCAUUGUCCGACUGGGAAUUGCGCUUUGCUCAGGCUAAGCUGGCCCUCAAGGAGAAGCACUACAAGGAGUUUGCCCAGGCCCUGAUGGAACUGACCCCAGAUGAACUGGAGGGGAAACAGCGCAGUGUUGAGCAGACACUAGCCGCGGCACGGGAGCUGGAGGAAGUCAGGAACAGACUGGAGCAACAGAGGAAGGAAAAUGAGGAGAAACUGAAGAAGGAGAAAGAAGCAUUUGAAAAAGAAGAAGAGGAGCGGAUCCGUGCGGAGCUGGCAGCCUACGAGCACCAGCUGGAGGAGGAGGCACGGCAGGAGAAGGAGCGGACAGACAAGUCCAUCGCCGCCCUGAACAAGCGGAAGGAGGACCUGCUGAAGGAGAAGAAGCAGAAGGUGAAGGAGGAGAUGGAGCGCGUGGCACAGCAGGGCGUGAGUGAGGACGAGCAGCGCCGCCUGCUGGAGCAGCACGAGAAGGACGUGCAGAAACUGGAGCAGAAGAUGGAGGCUGACCGCAUGCGCAUGCAGAGUGGACUACAGGAGCGUCUGAGACGUAGGCGGGAGGAAAAACGUCGGCAGAAGGAAGUGGAGGUACAGAAUACGGCGGAGGAGAUGCGCCGAGAGCACGAGGAGAAACUGCGCUCUGAGGAGGAAAGGAUGAAGAAGGAUGAGGUUCUCACCCUGAAGGAGAGUGUGAACAUCGACAGACUGGUGCCAUCUCAGGAGGACGUCUCCCCCGCAGCUGUCCUGACAGGUGCUGCACCUGCACAGCUGGCCCUGCCCGGCUCCUUCCAGCAGACCGCUCCUCUCCAGGACGGUGAACUGACCAACAUCCUCAUGGCGUCUCCUCUCUACCAGAAACUGCAGGAGAUCAAGGACCUCAUCGGGAACAACAGCAAACUGGCAGCAGUAGGAGAUGGGUACAUGGACUCCCGUGAUGUGGACUGGGGAGCCGACACAGAGUUCAAACCAGUCGACCUGAACAAGCUGAGUCCCAAAGACUUCAUCGUGUACAAGUUUGCAUGUUUCAUCGGGAGCCUGCUGACUGUGCAUUGUGGCCAUCCUCCUGUCACCAUCCUGCUGGCAGACUCCAUCCCACCCAACCCUCAACUCAGCAAGAAUGCCUACAGGAACUCCUUCCAGUACGACCACAACAACCGGAUCCUGUACGUGCGGCGUGCCCGGAUGGACAGGGUGGGAGAGUUUGUCCUGGUGCUGGUGCACACACUGGCUCACAUCAAGUCAGGUGAUCUCCGGGAUGACAGCUCUCCAGACUUUGUACAGGAGUUCCACCGCGCCCUGUCAGCCGUCUGCAACGACCUGUUCUUUGCCCGGUAUCGACGCUCGUCACCGGGGCCAGCCAAUGAUAAGGCAGCAUCUAUGCCGAUGGUGGAAACCAUGUUUAAUGACUGUGAGACUGAGUCGGAGAGGGACGCUGCAGUAGACGACCUGUUGGAUGUGAAGCUCCUGAGAGGGACCAGCAGAGAAGGGGUGCACUUCAGCAAGGGAGAACUGAACACCAGGCUGAGUGAGUACGGCUCAUACACCAUGGUGUCUCAGCUGGGCGGCCUGCUGGGUGGGGUGGACGACAAGAUGCAGUCAGCCAAGGACCACGGCAGUAAGGACCAGGUGGACAAGUGGCUUGGACAGCUCCAGAAGGAUUCACUCACAGGAACGAGUGUUCUGACUCGGCAGGCCUCCCGAGCUUCCUCACGCUCCUCCCCGGGGCUGGACACACCGUCCCGUGCUGGCUUGAGUGGGCUGGCACUGUGGAAGGCCACUGCGAAAGACGCCAUUCAAGAAGACAGUCCAGGGGGGCGCAUGAAAGUGGCUAUCAGAAAGGCCACAGAGAAGGACCUGCUUAAACAGUUCUUACAGGUGCAGGUCCAGGAGCUGGAGGAGCGGGUGGACUCGCUGUCCGGGGAGUACUCCCAGCUGUGCCGGCAGGCCGUGGAGCUGCAGGCCAGCAUGGCGGAGCUGCAGGAGGAGACGGCGCAGCAGACCAGUCUCCUGCAGCAGGCUGCAGACGGCAGCGCUCGCAGCCAGCAGAUGGGCCUCAUCAAGGAGACUGUGAAGAAACUGAACGAGGCCCGCUCCAGCCUGACAGCAGCCAACAUGAGCAAGGCAGCAGUCGGCGAGCAGCUGGAAGCUCUACAGACUCAGCUGGACGACAAAACCCAGCAGCUGCAGACACACCUGCAGAAGGCAGCUGCUAAAACUUGAGUUAUGACAAAGACCAAAAAAGUCCACAGUGUACCAAAUACCUGUUAUGUCGCUUAAAAUGAACUACACAUAUACCUGUAGAAUUUUAGGAAAAAGAUUUCAUUUACCAUUUAUGAAUAGUCAGCAUAAUG